AUGAGCGAUGAGGCGUCGUCGAAUGGCCAGAAUUCGUUACGAACCUCACGAUCAUCCUUAAUUAAACGGAAGAAAAUAGACGAUCACCGCAACCAAUGGCUUCCCGUAGCUUUUGCAGCCUCGUUAUUUGGGAUUCUUGCCACCGUCAGUCUUUUGUUGGUGAUGGCUCUUUUAGCAAUCAGACAAAAACCCUGCGAGGAGCAAACGUCACCAGACAUUGUGCUUCUCAGAGAGAAUGUGGAGCAGCUCGAUCGCAUUUCAAAGCAACUUUCAUCCUUAUUCGAGCCAGCAAGAAUCAAGCAAAAUCUAAGAUGGUUGGCAGAGACUUCACACAUUGCAGGAACUAUCGAAAAUGCAGCUCUAAUAAGAAGAUUGGCUGAUAAAUAUGUCCAACUUGGUUUUAAAGUAAAAACCUACAACUACAGUGUUCUUCUCAACUAUGCGGAUUUUGAAAAUCCGAACACCAUUAAGGUGGAGAAGGAAGACGGAACAUGGUGGCGUUUGAGUCGUGGAUGUGGUCAUCCCAGUGGGCCUCCACAAGCCGUCAAUGAGCAACUUGAUGGAAGAUCCGAAGUUUGGUGGAACGCAUACUCUGCAAAUGGUUCUGUCGUAGGACGAAUAGUAUAUUGUAAUUUUGGAACGGCUGAAGACUUUCGAACCUUGGACGAAACUUAUCCACAUUCUCCCUCUCUUCCUGGCUUUGGCGCUCAACGAGGAUCAGUGGGUAGGGUUCCGGGUGAUCCCCUUACUCCUUUGUUACCCUCACUUCCGUAUGUUACCCGUUCUGAAAGUAUGGAGAGUUUGAGGAAGAAAGGUUUACUUCCUAGUAUACCUGUUACUCCUAUUGGGUAUGACGAUGCUCAAAAAAUAAUGGACUACAUGGAUGGACCUAUCGUAACGCGCGUCGAUUGGAUUGGUGGAAUAUUUGUGAAAAGAACGAUCACAAAUAUUAUCGCAAUCUUAGAAGGAACCAUGGAGCCCGACCGCUGGGUGAUGCUUGGAAAUCAUGUCGAUGCUUGGGGAAAGGGCGCCAUUGAUCCAAUCUCAGGAACUGCCGUGCAAUUGGAAGUGGCAAGAGUAGCAGCUAAGGUUUUUGGAACAAAUCCGCCAAGGCGAUCUCUUGUUUUUUGCCAUUGGGAUGCCGAAGAAUUUGGCUUAAUCGGGUCAUCCGAGUUCAUCGAGGAGAGACUAGGAGUUUUGCAAACAAGAGCGAUAGCCUAUAUAAACAGGUUCAUAACAUUUGCUGGAAUUCCUGCAGCCGAUGUUAAAUUGGAGCCAAUGCCUGGUCAAUCGUAUGCCCUUUAUCAUACCAUGUUUGAAACACCGUGGACAGUUGAGAAUCUUAUUGACCCGAAUUUCUCAUCAUUGACGUCUGUAGGGCAAUUGUGGAUAGAAAUUGACAUUGCAAACGGUAAUAAUGGUGUGGCCUUUCAACGUUUGGAAUCGAUCAAUUUUCGCCUUCAAUAUAUUGAGCGUUCAUUUCUGGACCAAAACACUCAGAAUCCAUAUUACAGACACUUAGUCUUUUCUCCAUCCUCACAUUCCCCUCGGUUCACCUCGUUUGCGUGUAUUCUCGAUCCUGCUUUGGAUUACCAUUUGUCUCACAACGAAACCGACUUGCAUAAUCUAGCUAUGGCUAUCACAAAAGUGCAAUAUGCUGUUGAAACUGCCAUUGAUAUCUUACAUUAG